CCGCCAACUGCCUGCUCCGUAGAGGUACGAGCGUGCCAGCAAGCAGCGCAGCUCAGCAGCGACAAGCCAGCAGCGCCGGUAGAGCAACCAAGGGCACUGUUCUGACAGGUCGGCGCCGCCAGGGGAGCUAUUAUUCACCUCUACAUAUAACGGCUGCCGUUGCUCUCCACCGCUCGAGCAGCCCUCGUUGCGCCUACACGCCGUUUCCGCUCUGGCCUGCCCCCACUGAACGCUUGACCCAAUCCCACGCUUAUGCCCCUUCCUGCAGCUCGUUGUAGGCCAGCUUUCGGAUGGCCCUCUCGUACGUGCAGCCCUUCGGCUACAGUAGCGAGUCCUGCGGAUACUGCAAAGAUGCAUCGAGUGGCCAGCGGAGGCCCAAUUCUCGUAUGUGGAUAUUCCGUUCAUCUCCCCGUUUCAGUCACCCAGAGUCACGCGUGCAUGAAGCUGUCAGAGCGGUCAGGCCGCCCAAAUAAUCGACAUUGGCAAACAAUUGCAGGCGCGGCACUUGCUUCGUCUUCAAUUGAUGUUCCGCUAAGGUUACUCCUUCACACGUGUGCCAUUUGCAUCCUCGCGCUGCAUGAAACAAAUCUACUGGCGCGUUGUCUAACACUUGCACCUGAGCAUGCAUUGCCGCCAAGCUUCAUCUUCGUCCUUCUGCUUGCCUAGGUAAAUGCAAAUACGCAAUUACUGACGAUCAAACAACAAUGGGCGAGUCAUAUGGGUACCUGCCUUUUCUGACUGCCACGUCACGUCGUUGCUCUUGAUCGUCUGCAAUCCUCAUACGGAGGAAAUCGGAAGAACAUUACAAACGUUCCAAUACUGACUAGCUUUACAUAAUCAGGAGCCAGCUAUUACUUCUCGUCAAAAAGCUUAUCAGUAGACGUCUACCAGAGCUUGGUGGAUCGAGGGUGGAGAAGGUCAGGCACUAUCUUCUACAAGCCUGACGUCCUGCGUCACUGUUGUCCACAUUACACGAUCCGGUAAGCUUUGCAUGCAGGGUAGUAUCCACUGCGACAACUAAAGUAAGUGUAGACUGCCUGCAGCCGAGUUGAAGCCGUCGAAAGACCAGCGACGAACUGUGAACAAGUGGAACGACUUUGUGUUGGGCGAAGAGUACAAGAAGGGCG